AUGUACUUUCACUAAAAUGCUCCUGUUCAUUAAUAUUCAACAAUUAAAACAAUUCCAACAAUCCCAUUAGGAUAACAUGCUCCAAUUUAUCCUGCAAAUAUAGCUUAAAUUUAUUAAACAUAGUCAUAAAUAUAACCAUCAUAAUCAUAUUCCAAUGUUAAAUAUAUGCAAAAUACUUAACCAUUAAAGUAAUCAACCCUUAGCACUUUCUAACCUUAUAGGCCAGAUCCAGAAGUAGAAAAGAUUAUUUCAAAAUAUAAUACAACAUCAAAAAAUUCUUAAAUUGAAUAACCAGUGACCCAUUGGCCAUCAAAUAGUAUUCACUAGAAUUCACAAGACUAAUUUAUAAACAAAUAAUAAAAUAAUAAUGAGGAAUUUGAAUUUAAAGAUAAUAAUACACCACUACAUUUUUAAUUUGAUGAAAUAAAACAGAGAAAACCAAAUUUAGGUUAGAAGAAUUAUACUCCAGAUAUCAAUGAAUUUUAAGAUUUUAGUAGUUAAAAUUAAAAAUAAGUAGCUCUACCUGAAUAAAAUGAUAAAAUUGUUAAAUUAAUGGUUUCUGGUAUUAUUGUCUUAUUAGUUGUAUAUAUCAUAUCAAUGCUAGUACUAUAAUGA